AUGUCUUCCCUGAAAGAUGUCGAGGCGUCUCACGACGACCACAAGGAGGCUACCGCCUUGGAGAUGGACGAUGUCCUGCAGGAUCCCAAGGCAACUGCCGAGUUCAACGAGGCGGCUAUGGACGCUGAGAUUCAACAUCUGGAGGAACAGCUGCGCGAUGUGAAGUCCACCGGCCUGCUGUUUUCCUUCUCGAACCCUGCGUAUUUCACCUAUGUGCUGGUCGCCUUCGCCUCGCUGGGUGGUCUCCUCUCCGGCCUGGACCAGUCCCUGAUCAGUGGUGCCAACCUCAUGAUGCCUGGCUCCUUGCACCUGAAUGACGGGGAGCAGAGUCUGGUCAAUGCCGGCAUGCCCCUGGGUGCCGUGGGUGGUGCCCUCAUCCUGUCGCCGGCGAACGAAUACCUCGGUCGUCGCAUGGCUAUCAUUGUCUCCUGCAUUCUUUACACCAUCGGUGCCGGCUUGGAGGCUGGCGCAAUUAAUUUCGGUAUGAUGUUCGCCGGCCGUUUCGUCCUGGGAAUGGGCGUCGGUCUGGAGGGCGGUACGGUCCCUGUCUAUGUCGCGGAAUGUGUGCCGAGUAAGAUCCGUGGCAACCUGGUCUCGCUGUAUCAGCUGAACAUCGCCCUCGGCGAAGUCCUCGGCUACGCCGUCGCUGCCAUCUUCAUCGAUGUUCCCGGUAACUGGCGCUACAUUCUCGGCUCCUCUCUGGUCUUCUCGACCCUCCUCUUCAUCGGCAUGCUCUUCCUCCCCGAGAGUCCCCGUUUCCUGAUGCACAAGGGCAAGCCGGUGCAAGCGUACGCCGUGUGGAAGCGCAUCCGCGGUUUCGACACGCUGGAAGCCAAGGAUGAGUUCCUCGGCAUGCGGCAGGCCGUAGAGGCCGAGAACGAAGAACAGGCCAGGACGAAGAAGUUCGCCUGGAUGGACUUCUUCACCGAGCCGCGCGCCCGCCGCGCCAUGGUCUACGCCAAUGUGAUGGUCUUCCUGGGCCAGUUCACCGGCGUCAAUGCCAUCAUGUACUACAUGGGCGUUCUCAUGCAGAAGAUCGGCUUCGACGAGCGCAAGAGCGUCUUCAUGUCGCUAGUGGGCGGCGGCUCGCUGCUCAUCGGCACCAUCCCAGCCGUGAUGUACAUGGAAAAGUUCGGCCGGCGCUACUGGGCCAACGCCAUGCUGCCGGGCUUUUUUAUCGGCCUCGUGCUCGUCGGCGCCGGUUACACCAUCGAUUACAACGUCCACCCCGCCGCCGCCGAGGGCCUUUACCUCACCGGCAUCAUCCUCUACAUGGGCUUCUUCGGCUGCUACGCCUGCCUCACCUGGGUCAUCCCCGCCGAGGUCUUCCCGACCUACCUGCGCAGUUACGGCAUGACCACCGCCGACGCGAACCUCUUCCUCUGCUCGUUCAUCGUCACCUACAACUUCACCCGCAUGAUGAACUCUAUGACUCGUAUCGGUCUCACGCUGGGUUUUUACGGUGGUAUUGCGGCCAUCGGCUGGGUCUACCAGAUCCUGUUCAUGCCGGAGACGAAGAACAAGUCGCUCGAGGAAAUCGACGAGCUCUUCUCGCGUCCGACCUCGUCUAUUGUCCGCGAAAACGUCAAGCAGACGGCUGGCAUUAUCCGCGACCUCUCUCGCUUCCGUUUGAAGAAGGUUUUUAGCCCGGGUGCCUAG